AUGACGGCGACGGGAGACCAAUUGGUUCCACGCGAAGAACGGGUCCUGCUCGCCGUCAGGGCCUAUCAGCAGGGCCAAUUCGAAAGUACCCGCAAGGCAGCGGCCGCAUACGACGUCCUCAAUCGACAGUAUCUGAUCGACUGCGCGGUGAACAACCUAAAGUUGACGGCGACGGAAGAGACUGCCCUAGUACAAUGGAUCUUGUCGAUGGACGAGCGAGGAAUGCCGCCGACAGUGGCUUACACUCGUCGGAUGGCCAACUUAUUGCUUUCCGAGCGAGGCAAAGAUCCUGUCGGGGAGAACUGGGUGCGGAAGUUUGUUGGCCGCCACGGCGAAAUCAAGGCAAAGUACUCUCGCCGAUACGAUUAUCAACGCGCCAAAUGCGAAGACCCCCAAAAGAUCCAAGGAUAG